AUGGUUUUCAAAACACAUGGACCAUUUGCCAUAUUUGGUGGUUCAUUUGACAGUCGAGAGGACAAAAACAAUCAAAUAGCUGCUUCCCACAGAUUUAUGAUCUGUCUGUUUUUCAAGCGGUUAUGGGAGAUUGAUUUAGCCAAGGUUUGUGUCUCAAAGCCUAAACUAACAUUUUCCGAGGUCAAAAUGUUCACUCAAUUAUAUUCCAAUCAUGUUGAGAAAGGGUUUCAGAAAGUUCAUAAGCCAUGA